CUCCCCUCCCCAAUCCCCCUCAACCAAGCCAACCAACCAACCAACAUAACAAAUAAAUACAUCCACCCCCCUUCUCCUGAUAUUAUAACUCAACAACAUCCUACCCAAAUAUGUCUACAAGCACAACAUUCCAAAUCCACUACUUCGCCUCCGCCUCCACCUACACAGGCAAACAAACCGAACGCCUCCCCGCCCCCUUACCGCUCCCUCAGCUCUUCGAUACCCUCGAGUCCAUGUACCCGGGGAUAAAAGAGAAGGUGUUGACCAGCUGUGGGGUUAGUCUGGGGGAUGAGUAUGUUGAUGUAGAGGCUGAUAUCCAGGUGGUGAUUCAGCCCGGGGAUGAAGUUGCGGUUAUUCCGCCGGUUAGUUCGGGGUGAUUUUACUUUCUAUAUGGUAUGUGUGUAAAGAACGGAGAGAGAGAGGGGGGUUGAGUUGUUUAGUGGGUUUGUUGUUUUUGGCUGAUUAUGGUUGGUAUAGGUACACAAUAGUGUGAAAUAGAAAAGGUACAUGCGCUGGAUGGGGGGAAGUCUGGAGUAUUAGGGUGGGUUUGCUUGGUUAUAUUUGAAUGGAAGGCAACAUAGGAAAGAGAAGGAAUGAAAGGGACAGAGUGGGAGGGG